AGUUGGUGCAGGCGCAGCGGGCGGCGAGCGAAGGCUGCAGGGCGAGGAGGGGACUGGGGACCCCGAAGGCGGCGAGAGCCCGAUCGGAGCCCCGGGCAGGGUGUGCAGCCAGCGGCAGAGCCGCUUGCCUCUGCUGUGUGCCAGGCGCUGUCCAUCAGGAGCGCUUGGCACCCCAGGCGUGUCGCCCAGCAUCCAUGGGGGAGAAGCGGAUCCUGUGCGUCGGCCUCGUGUGCCUGGACAUCAUCAGCGUGGUGGACCGCUACCCGGCGGAGGACACAGACACCAGGUGUCUGUCGCAGCGCUGGCAACGAGGGGGGAAUGCCUCCAACACAUGCACUGUCUUGGCUCUGCUGGGAGCACCCUGCGCUUUCAUGGGCUCACUGGCUCCAGGCCAUGCUGCAAACUUUGUCCGUGAUGAUUUCCAGCGCUACAAGGUGGAUCUUGCCCACGUGAUCAUGCACCCAGCAUGUGCAUUGCCCAUCUCAAUGGUGAUCAGCAACUCGACGGCAGGCACCCGUACCAUCCUGCACGCUGCUAGCAACCUACCAGAUGUGACAGAUGCUGAUUUUGAGCAGGUUAACCUGUCUCUAUACAAAUGGAUUCACUGGGAGGGUAGGAAUGCCUCUGAACAGGUGAAGAUGCUACAACGGGUGGAGGAGUAUAACCAAACCUGCUCUGAAUCUCAGCGAGUGGGCACCUCUGUGGAGGUGGAGAAGCCACGGCAAGAACUAUACCAGCUCUUUGGCUAUGGAGAUGUGGUGUUUGUCAGCAAGGAUGUAGCAAAAGAUUUUGGGUUCUGCUCCGCCUCUGAAGCUGUGAAGGGGCUAUACAGGCAUGUGAAACCAGGGGCCACCUUGAUCUGUGCUUGGGCUGAGAAUGGGGCUGAUGCAUUGGGACCAGAUGGGCAACUGGUGCACUCAGACGCCUUCUCCCCUGACACUGUUGUGGACACGCUGGGGGCUGGGGACACAUUCAACGCUGCAGUUAUCCUUGCUCUUAGCAGGGGGAGACCCCUUCAUGAGGCCAUCACCUACGGAUGCCAGGUGGCUGGCCGGAAGUGUGGGGUUCACGGUUAUGAUGGGAUCGUGUGAGCAGCAUUCUAGAAGCCAUGUCUCCUGGGUCUGGGACCUUCUCUGAGCCAAGGACUAAAAUCUCCCCCGCUGCACUGCACAAACCAUGGGCACUAGUGCAGCUCACAGCUGGUGUGAAAGGGAUAGGCCAAGCCUGAUUUCCUGCCCUGCACAAACCAUGCAGCUGCUUUGGCUGGCCCUGGCGCUCUCUUGUCCCCAGUGGGGACUCUCCUCUGUGGCCGCUUCUCAAGUAAAGAUCAAUAAAGCAUUUAUACUUUCAAA